AGAGAGAGAGAGAGAGAGAGAGAGAGAGAGAGAGAGAGAGAGAGAGAGAAUAUUCCAAUUGAAAAUAUAAUUAUAGCAGACUAGGUAUCUUUAUUAUCAUCAAUCAACGAGGUCAAGGAUUUAAACUUUUGUAGGUUUUGGUUAGAUUAACAGGGAUAUUUUUAAAAUAAAUGACUUGGAUAGAAAAAGAAAGCAUAUAAAUCCGGAGAUCGAAAAGGUCGUCCUUAACUCAUGGUUGAAAUAAUUAAAAAAUGAACAAGUUGAAAUGUUGACGAUAUGAGUCUUCCUCGAAGAAAUUACUCAUCGAUCUUUCUGAAGGCUAUAUAGUAAGAGGUUGUGAAGAAAGAGGACAAACAAACAAAAAAAAGAAAGAAGAAUAAAAUUUUGUUUUUUAGACAAGAAGAAGAGGACGAAUUGAAGAUCUUAUAGUUCUGAUUUCUUAUGGAGGUUCUUAAGAAACUAACUACUUCAGAUACUAAAGAUGAAUUUGCUGGAUCUGCUUCUUGCCCUGGUGAAGGACGCAUCCAAGAGAAUAGAAAGGUGAGUCGUGAACUUGAAUCUGCAAAUAUUGAGAUGAGUGAAAUGAAGGAAGAGAACGAGAAACUUAAAGUAAUGCUCGAACACAUUGAGAGUGAUUACAAGUCUCUUAGACUCAGAUUCUUGAACAAACAGCAAAACUCUUCAGCCAAACCAGUCCGGGAUGACAAGAAUGAUCAGAUCAAUGCAGAGUUUUUAGGUUCUUCUGAUCAAGAAAGUGAAUUUGUUACUCUUUCUCUUGGGAUAAGAGGCUCGAAUUCCCCAUCUAACAGCAUUGCCAAUAAAGAAGAGAAGACAAAAUUAAUAAGCUUAGGAGUCGAAGAAGACAAGGAGUUGACAAAUGUCGAUUUGACUUUAGGACCAAACGUUGGAUUAGCAAAGGAAAAUAGUGUAAUUUCAAGCCUAGAAAAUACCUCAUCAGAAGAAGCUCCAAUCAUGAAUAAAGUCACCAGGAAGAGAAGUUCUCCUAGUGGUGACGCUGAUGAUAAUGGUCAGCAAAAUCUUGCCAAAAGGGCCAGAGUUUGUGUUAGAGCAAGAUGCGACACUCUCACGAUGAAUGAUGGUUGUCAAUGGAGAAAAUACGGACAAAAGGUUGCGAAAGGAAACCCUUGUCCAAGAGCAUAUUACCGCUGCACGGUUGCACCUGGUUGUCCUGUUCGAAGACAGGUCCAAAGAUGUGUAGAUGACAUGUCAAUUCUAAUCACAACUUAUGAAGGAACACACAACCAUCCUCUUCCACUCUCAGCCACCGCCAUGGCUUCCACCACCGCAGCUGCCGCCUCCAUGCUCCUCUCUGGUUCCUCCACAUCCGGGUUAGACACCGAGAUGAUCAAGAACGGUAUGAACUUCAAACUUUAUGACAACAGUUCAAGAUUCAUUAACAAUCCAACCGCUCUCUCGCCAUUACACCCUACGGUUACUCUAGAUCUCACGGCUCCUCCUAUGCCAAAACCAUCUUCAUCACCAUAUUCUUUGAACUUCAACAAAUUUCCUUCACUUCAAAGAUUCCCUUCCACAAGCCUUAAUUUCUCGGCUUCUUCUUCUUCCUCCGAUUCAACUUCAACCAUCAACAUUCCCAGGAUUUGGGGUAGUGGAUACGCUUCUUUCAGUCCUGUUACAGAUAGUAAGGUACAGGUAGGAUCGCCAUCGUUUCUAAAUAUUGGAAAAACCCUACCGCAAAACCCUUCUUUGACCGAAACCCUAACGAAGGCUCUUACUUCCGACCCAAGUUUCCACUCAGUGAUAGCAAAAGCCAUAUCAAAUAUGGUCGGAUCAGGGAAUGGAGAUCAGCAGUCCUCUUGGAGCGGCCGGAACCUAAUGCAAAAUUCUAGUACCUCAAAUAGCUUGUCGAUUAUUAAUCAAGAAGCUGCAGAUUCUAACAACAAAAAUAAAGGAUGUGAAGGGUAUUUCAGCAGCUUAUUGAUGUCAAAUAUGGCGAAUCCAGGAAUGUUAUCACCGUUAAACCUACCUUCGUCACAACUUCCAUUCACUAUGUUCACGACUUCUUCUUCGUCUACGCCUAGUUUUUUGAACAAAGAAAAAAAGAGGUUGUAACUUUUUCAGUCUGUAAUGAAAAGUCUAAAAGAGUUAAUUAUUUUCUGAUGAUAUAUGUUGUGGCCCAUUUGUUUGACCAUGACGACAAUGGACAAUAUCUAAAAUUAAA